CGGAUGGCGAGCGGUGGCCCGUGUCUUCUUGAAGGCUCAAGUCUGGGUAAAGUGGACUAAACGCGGAACUUGCUGCUCACAUCCGUUUCUGUGCUGAAGUACAGAACCGCCGGAGGGAGUCGGCGAGGCGGGCAGCAUCUGUGGAGGGAAAUGGACCAGCGACGUAUAAACCGGGUCCCUUUUUAUAGAUUAAUUGCUCCGAAUGUGUAAGGGGUGGAUGAGAAAGUGGGAUAACAUAGAGCGAGUGUGAAUGUACGGUCGGUGGGCCGAAGGGCCUGUUUCCGAGCUGUAUCUUUUUUUAAAUGCUCGAAGUAAGUCCCGCCCAGGGGAAAAAGCCCAGCUCCAUGUGGAGACACUGAGUUCCUACACAUACGCACAUCAGCUUUUGAUCGAUCUCUGUUUUAUCCUCGUACACUGAUCAAAAUCGAUCACGGGCAGGCGACCUUCGCGAGUUAGAACGAAGUUCUCCAAUGAGUGUUCAACACUAUGCCCAGCUCGGCUCUCUUCAACUUCUUGCAGUCAGCUCAUUGUCGAAUUAUUCCAGAACUGACGAUCGUGAGAAGGCCCGUUUUACCUCGGAUAUUGCAAGUAUGGAAUUGGCUGCCUGAGGAGGAAAGUGGAUGUUUGACCAUAUCAGGAGAAUUUUCUGGACUGCCCCCGGGAAAGCAUGGACUUCACGUUCAUUGUUUUGGUGACAUAUCAAAUGACUGGAUAAGUGCAGGACCUCAUUACAAUCCGUACAACAAAACAAAUGGAGCACAACAAGAGAACAGAUAUGCAGGAGUUCUGGGCAUUGUAAAUGCAAAUGAAGAUGGUUUGGCCAAAAUGGAUCUGCAGGUAUCCCAUCUCCAUCUGACAGGAAUUAAUUCUAUUAUUGGACGAACACUGGUGAUUCACCAAAGUGAAGAUGAACCAGGCAAAUCUGAUAAGGAAGAUAGCACAAUCGCAGGAAGUGAAGGAAAUGGUGUAGCCUGGGGAGUGAUUGGAAUUUGUCAGAGCAAUAUUUCCGAGGAAUACUUGGAAGAAAAAAAUUAAGCAACAAAGAUAAAUGUAUUUUGUACCAAGAGCUGUAUCUUGUCUUGAAACAUUGGUAAAUAUUCUUUGUGGAUGUGCAAAAACAUAAUCAAAACGUUUUUGUUCAUUUUUUUUUCAAUUUCCAUUGCAUGUGAAUUUUGCAAAUGAAUUAAAUGUGCAGUUCUUCAGAAUUUUUGUGUAACUUUAUUAUAAUCAAAAGACAGUUGUCUAGUUCUAUUCUGCACCAUAUUUCCAUCUUGUAAACUCUGCUGCAGCAUGAUUUUUUAAAUGUUGAAUCUAUUAAUAUAUUUAACUAAUAUUAACAUUUGUCUAAUGGUAAAAGUAUUUUAUAAUACAUGUUAAUAUUGGGAACUGCCCUGUUGAAAUGCGGCAUGUUCAUUUUCUUGGGGUAGUCUGUACCAAAAUCUAUACUUUCGAUUCUGUUGAUUAAUUAAUGAUUAAAAAUAAACAUUCUGCUACUUUUCAUAAACGUUGUUUUAGUUUUUAUAAGCCUGUAGGCAAAUAUUUCAUAUUAAGACAUGUUGAUUGUUAGACGAUUAAUAGAUUUCUUGUGAUGUCUUAAGUAACACAUUGAUUCACUGGGAUCCUUUUGUCAGAAUCAUUAUCAUCAUCACUAGGGCCAGGAUUUUGCCAUAAAUGCCAUGUGCCUUUUCGUGCCUUUUUUGAUGAUUUCAGGAAGAUAAUGCCUUUUUCCCGAUUGAGUGCCUAAAUCAGCCUUUUUUGCCAUUUUAACGUAACUUACAAGCACGAAACCCGGCUGUAAUUGGGUGUUAAGUGGUGAUUGGAGACGGGUGCGUGGGAAAGGGUCCAUUUUUUGCAGACUGGAGUCAUGCAUUAAGUAGGUAUGAAGUGAAGGAUCUAGUCUUUUCAAACUGGAGUCAAGCUAUGAGUGGGUGUGAAGUGUUGGUUGGGGAUGGAGUGUGGGGUACCAGGGUUAAUCGAACCUGCAGUAGAACUCGUUCAGGCCAUUGGUCAGCUGACGAUUGCCCGAGGAGCGGGGGUUUUUCCUCUUGUAGCUUGUGAUUUCUUGCAAGCCUUUCCACACUGAAGAACAGUCAUUUGUUGAGAACUUGCUCAACUUCUCAGAGUAGCUUUCCUUGGCAGCUCUGAUUCCUCUUCUCAGCUUGUACUUGGCCUGCCUAUAGACGUCUGCAUCCCCGCUCUUGUAGAAUCUACCCCUGCAAGCGUCAAAAUGCCUAAAGUCGUCAACGCCUUGUAAAAAUCUGAACGAUUUGAUGAGAGUGUACGGGAGUGAUAUAUUCUCUACAGCCAACAGUAUGCAGUUUUGCAAAGCAUGUGAGAAAGCAAUGAAUCAUGAGAAUAAAUAUUUUGUCUCCCAGCAUGUACAGACAGCUAAACACAAGUCGACGGCAGAGAAACUGAAGAUAGGAAAUACGCAAGCUUGUCUCCUCACAACAUUUACUGCUGACUCCAAUCGCAAAUCUGAGUUUUCGGGUGAUCUGUGCAAAGCAUUCAUUAAUGCUGGAAUUCAUAGAAACAGACAUAGAAAAUAGAGGCAGGAGGGGGCACUUUGAGCCAGCACAGCCAUUCAUUGUGAUCAUGGCUGAUCGUCCCUUAUCAAUAACCUGUGCCUGCCUUCUCCCAUAUCCCUUGACUCCACUAGCCCCUAGAGCUCUAUCUAACUCUCUCUUAAAUCCAUCCAGUGACUCGGCCUCCACUGCCCUCUGGCAGGGAAUUCCAUAAAUUCACAACUCUGGGUGAAACGUUUUUUCUCACCUCAGUCUUAAGUGACCUCCCCUUUAUUCUAAGACUGUGGUCCCUGGUUCUGGACUCGCCCAACAUUGGGAACAUUUUCCUGCAUCUAGCUUGUCCACUGUGAAAAUUGGAAAACAAAUCUCUCAGAGGUGUUUUAGGGAAAUACACAAAGGAACCUAUACCGAGGGAGUCAUCAUUACAGAAAAAUUAUGAUGACAGCAACUUCAACAUUGUUGUGCAGAAAAUUUGAGAUGGUUGCAUGCAUCAAAAUAUGGAUCUCAAUAGACGAGACAACCAAUGUGUGGGGAGAUAUGUUGCCAAUGUGGUCAUCGGUAAACUGGAGGGAGGUCAACCAUCAAAGGAGUAUUUCUUGACACUGGAAGUAUUUGUUUACAUCUUCACUUGCUGUACUUUGUACUUAAAGUUUCUGGCGAUGUAGGUAAAGACAUACAAGGAAAAUGUGAGAGGGGGACUUUAGCUAACAAAGAUCUUGAAGAAGUACAAAACAUAGCUAAAUUGCUCAAAGGUAGUUGUAAUGCACAAGAAAUCAACAUGAGAAGUUUGUAGCUUAUUUCAGGAAUGCACCAGUGACCUCAACUGGGGUCGAAAGAAGCUUUUCACAACUGAAGCAUAUUCCAUCAAACAGACGGCACAGUAAUUUGAAAAAAAAAUGCUGGUAGUUAUGUGCAACCAGGCAAUAAUGUAGUAUACCUUUAUAAUUAUAAUUUUUAACCAUAUUUUGGUGGUGGUGGAAAAGGUGCCUUUUUGUCAAUAAGUGCCUUUUUUGUAAUUUUAUUUUGCCUUUUUGCCUGCCUAUUUCAGAGAUUUUUAGCACCUAAACAUCCUGGCUCUAAUCAUCACCUUUCAUAAGUGCAUUCAGUUUGACUUCCACACUUAACUGGUACAUUGAGCUUGUAAAUAGCAUAGGAUCAACAUGGUCACCAACAACACUGUAUUAAAAAAUGAAACUACCUUUGACUUUCAUUAUUUUUCAUUAUUGAUGUGCAGGAUGAUGCCAUAUCCGAUACAGCCUUAACUAUGUUGUGCAGCACUAUUCCCAUAUUUCUUUAAAAACAAAAGGUAUUUGUACAGUCGAAACAGUAGCUUUCCCUUUUUUAGCAUGUUAGCGAAUUAGGUCUUCAGGGAACAUAUUCUCAAACCACCAUAUAUAAACUUUAGAAAUCAUUUGCGUGACUUCUCAAAUUCUGUACUCAGACUGAGUACAGCAAGCAUGCCAUAUGCCUUUUUUACAACACCAUAGGCAACUCAUUCUCCUCCCCAGCUAAUCUCUGCUGUGGGGUUCCACAAAGUUCCAUCCUUGGCCCCAUUCUCUUCUCCCUGUAUAUGCUCCCGUUAGGCCAAAUCAUUGAAAGGCACGGCAUUUCCUUCCAUUGCUACGCAGACGAUACCCAACUCUAUCUCCCCCUGAAGCCCAAAAACCAAUCAAAUCUGUUUAACCUUACCCACUGCCUCGAGGAUAUAAAGUGUAGGAUAGCCCAGAACUUCCUCCAACUAAACGAGAGUAAGUCUGAGGUCAUCCUUCUCGGCCCCUCGGACUCAAUCAAAAUGAUAGCAGGCAGCCUUGGAAGCCUUACCCCACUACUCAAACCUCACGUCAAAAACCUUGGCGUGAUAUUUGACUCAGCACUCAGAAUAAAAGGACGUACGGUUAGGAAUGAGAUGAGGAAUUUAUUUAGUCAGAGGGUGGUCAAAUAGGCAUUAAUGCCACAUAAGGCUGUGGAGGCCGUCAAUGGAUAUUUAAAGGCAGAGAUAGAUAGAUUCUUGAUUCGUAUGCAUGUCAGGUAUUAUGGAGAGAAGGCAGGAGAAUGGGCGUGAGCGGGAAAGAUAGAUCAGCAAUGAUUGAAUGACAGAGUAGAAUUAAUGGGCCGAAUUACCUAAUUCUGCUCCGAUCAUUUAUGAACAUGAACAUUUACUGCGUUAUCAAUAUGACUCAGCAGCUGUUCUACUGACACCAAGUUCCUAAAAAUACCUUUGAAAGCUUAGGCAUAAGAGAUGAUCGUGGACUAUGGAAGUGCUUCAAGGAUAUUCUCAUAACCUUCUUUGAAAAAAAGGAAUAUCACACCAACUUGUGAAAAUCGUUGGCCCAUGACCAUACAAAAUGGCAGAAGGAUAAGUGGGGUGGCAAUGAGAAUCUCGAGUUCAUUUGUAAGGGAAAUUGGACUCCACAUAGGGAAGCCCAUUGUAAAAAGUGGAAGAAGCGAUCUAUCCCAAAUUACACCUCUGCCGACCCUUUAUGCCCCACUUAUGUCAGUCUGCAACAAAGAUUGGUCUGCAGGUUCUUGUGAUUUCUUUA